GAUGAGUUGCUGUUCAUUCAUUGGAAGAAUUUUGUUGGCUGUCAUUUUCAUUGGUGCUGGAGUUGACAAAUUUAUGUAACCACAAAAUUCUGUUGGAUUGUUGAAUGGUAGAUAUCCAGCCUUCUAUAAAAAUUUGGAAACAACAGCAAAAUAAUACAAUGUUCCACUUCCAGUUUAAUUAGUAAAAUAUUGCCUUAAUAUUUUUAGUCACCCACUUCAAUCAAGCAAUUUUCUAAUGAAAUCAUUUUAGGAGUUGGUGGUGCUGAAUUAGUUUUGGGUCUUUUUGUUAUUUUGAAUUAAGCAUGGGCAGGAAAAUUGUUGUCUUUAUUGACAUUAUCAUUUGUUGCUGUAAUUCACAAUCCAUUUAUUCAUGGAACAACAUAAGCGUAAUUUUAACAAACAUUUAUAAAAUAGUGAGAAAUUGUCAGAAUAAAUCCAAGGAUUAUGGACAUUAGGUAUUGCUGGUGCUUUAUUGAUUGUUGGUGCUUCAUCAUCAAGCAAGACUUGCGCUCCAGUAGCAGUAAAAUCAAAAGGAGUUACACCAACUGCACCAGCUGCUUCAACCAAAAAAGCCAAGAGAAAUUGAG